AUGGGUAGAGCCAGAAUCCUCUUGUUUGCUGCAUUCUGGUCUGUUCAUUGUGUUACAUCUGCUUUAACAAAUACCUCUGAUCAAUCUGCGCUUCUGGUGUUAAAAUCGCAUAUUUCUUUUAGCUCUAACAAUGUUUUCCUAGAGAAAAACUGGUCUGCAGCAUCAUCUGUCUGCAGCUGGAUUGGUGUCACUUGCGGUUCAAGGCAUUCCAGAGUCACAUCCCUGGAUAUUUCCAACAUGGGCCUCACUGGAAGCAUCCCCGCAGACCUGGGAAACCUCUCUUUUCUCAGUUAUCUUGAUCUCAGUAACAACAGUUUUUCGGGAAAUCUGCCUGGACAGCUAGCUUUGUUGCGCAGGUUGAAGCUUCUUGAUUUAAGGCGUAACAAUUUUAGUGGGAAGAUUCCACCAUCUGUCUUCAGUUCCUUGCCUGAACUUCAAUUCUUGCACCUCUCGCGUAACAGCUUUUCAGGUAGCAUACCAGCCUCACUCUCUAAUCUAACUAAAAUUGAGGAGCUAGCCUUGAACAGGAAUUUCCUACAAGGGAGCAUUCCAGAAGAAAUAGGUGAUCUUCAUUCCUUAACAUUUUUAAACCUGGAAGGUAACCAGUUUACAGGUCCUAUACCACCACAUGUGUUCAAUCUUUCCUUGCUGGAAAACUUGGCCCUUUCGGGCAAUGAUCUGUCCGGUGAUCUUCCAGUAGAUUUUUGCUAUAAUCUUCCAAAGCUUGAAGGGCUUUAUCUUUCAAGCAAUGAACUAGAAGGCCUCAUACCACCUAGUAUAGGAAAAUGUUCACAGCUUCAAGUUCUAUCACUGUCCCGCAAUGAAUUUAGUGGAACCAUACCAAGAGAAAUUGGGAAUUUAACUCUGCUGACACUGUUACAUCUUGGGGGCAACAAUUUGGAAGGUACAAUACCAACUGAGAUUGGUAACCUUCAAAGACUAGAAGUGUUUGGAUUAGAUGGGGAUAGUUUAAGUGGUUCCAUUCCGGCAAGUGUCUUCAACAUUUCAACACUUCAGGACUUCACAUGUGUGGCAAAUUCCCUAUCUGGUAAUCUUCCUUCAGAUAUGGGCAAAAAAGUGCCAAAUCUUGAAACACUUCACUUUGGAAUGAAUAACCUUAGUGGAAAUAUACCUGUUUCCAUCUCAAAUGCUUCAAAGCUCACCAUUUUGGACCUCUCAAAUAACAUUUUCAGUGGUCCUAUACCCAAUGCACUUGGAAAUUUAGGAUCACUUAAUCUUCUGAGCUUGGGGGGUAACAAUUUGAUGAUUGAAUCUUCAUCUUCAGAACUCGUAUUUCUUACUUCUUUGACAAAAUGCAGAAAUCUGACAGAACUUGUGAUUGGCGAGAAUCCUUUAAAUGGUACACUUCCAGCCUCCAUUGGUAAUUUUUCUACCUCUCUCCAAAUUUUUGAUUCCUCUGGAUGUAAUAUCAGGGGUACUAUUCCAGACCAAAUCGGUAAUCUGACUAGGGUUUCCUUGUUAAGUCUAUCUGACAACAAUUUGAUUGGUACAAUUCCGAGUACCAUUGAUGGUUUACAAAGCCUUCAACAGUUGUAUUUAGACAACAACAAGAUAACAGGAUCAGUGCCAGACAAUAUCUGCAGCUUACAAAAGCUUGGCGCAAUAGGUCUCAGAGGGAAUCAAAUCUCGGGUGCUGUGCCAUCCUGUAUAGGAAAUAUUUCUUCCUUGAGACAUCUUACUCUAGCUUCUAACAGUUUCAGCUCAAGUUUGCCUCCAAGAUUAUGGAGGCUUAAAGAUCUUCUGAGAUUUGAUGCAUCCUCAAAUUCACUUAGCGGAUUUCUACCUCCUGAAAUUGGAAACUUAAAGGCUGUAAUAGAAAUUGAUUUGUCCAGCAAUAACUUCUCUGGAAAUAUUCCACAAUCUAUAGGUGUCCUUCAGAACCUGAUCAAUCUCUCCUUAGCCCAGAAUAACCUGGAAGGGCCUAUUCCAAAUACACUAGGUAAGGUGGUAAGCUUGGAAGGAUUAGAUUUGUCUCAUAACAAGCUUACUGGAAUGAUUCCCCAGUCACUCGAGGAUCUCAAGUACCUCAGACAAUUUAAUGUCUCCUUCAAUCAACUAAGUGGGCAAAUUCCUACAGGUGGUCCUUUCCAAAACUUCACAAAUCAGUCUUUUUUGUCUAAUGGUGCACUAUGUGGUGCUCCUCAGUUUCAAGUGCUUCCCUGCCCUAUGAUUUCUCCCCACAGGAGAAGGAAAAGAUUCUUUUCGAUCAUAUAUAUCAUCCUUGGGAUUUCAUCUCUAAUUCUUGUAUCAGCUCUGGGAUUUCUAAUUGCAAGAUGGCAAAAGAAAAAGGAAAAAGCAGUUGAAACUGAUCCAUCACCUGCAACAGCACAUCAAAGGAUUUCCUAUUAUGAACUUGAAAAAAUUACUGACGGAUUCAGUGAAAGCAACCUGCUUGGUAUUGGGGGUUACAGCUCUGUCUACAAAGGUACACUGCCUGAUGGUACUCCUGUGGCUGUAAAAGUAUUUAACAUGAAACUAGCAGGAGCACUCAAGACCUUUGAUACAGAAUGUGAAGUAGUACGCAACAUUCGUCACCGAAAUUUAACAAAAGUCAUCACUAGUUGCUCCAACCAGGACAUGGACUUCAAAGCCCUAGUACUGGAGUACAUGCCUAAUGGCAGCCUUGAAAAAUGGUUGUAUUCUCACAACUACUUCCUAGACAUCUUUCAGAGGCUAGAUAUAAUGAUAGAUGUGGCAUCUGCAUUGGAUUACCUCCAUAAUGGUUAUUCUACCUCAGUGGUGCACUGUGAUGUGAAGCCUAGCAAUGUUUUGCUUGAUGAAGAUAUGGUAGGACAUGUAUGCGAUUUUGGUAUUGCAAAAUUAUUGGGUGCAGAAGAUGGAAUCACACGUACCAAAACAAUCGCGACAAUAGGAUACAUUGCACCGGAGCAUGGAUUGGAAGGGUUAGUGUCCACUAAAUGUGAUGUUUAUAGUUAUGGUAUCAUGUUGAUGGAGACUUUCACUCGAGUAAAACCUAGUGAUGACAUGUUUGCUGGAGCUAUAACCCUGAGGCAAUGGAUCAUAGAUUCUUUUCCAAGUGGACUUUUGCAGGUUUUAGACUCUAACAUGCUAAAACCAGAAGAAGAAAAUUUUGAUGCUAAGAUGCGUUCUGUGUCAUCACUUAUGGAGUUGGCUUUGGACUGCACAGAAACAUCACCCAAUGCUAGAAAGAACAUGCAAGAUGUUCUUUCCACGCUCAAAAGAAUUAGGAUGCAGCUUCAAAGUUCUCAUGGUAAUUAUGUGGUAAAGUAAGCACUUAAUUUGGCACUUUUCCUUGGUUAUUAUAGCAUGAGAAUUGAUGAGACCAACUGUAUUAGGUCCCUUCGUUGCGUGUUUGUGUAACAAACUACAUCACAUUCAUGUUUAGACAUCUACUUUAUUUGCAAAAGAAUAUCAAGAAAUCAACUUUCUUGCCA